AUGUUAUUUAGCUAAAUUUAUGAUAGAGAAAACUUAAUACUAAUAUGUAACUUUUAACAGAAAUAAAUAUAUUUGAAGAAUUCAUUAAGUAAAAACAUAAUUAAAAAUGACGGAUUAAUAUAAAUUUCUUAUGAUAUAAUAUCACUCUCUUGCUAAAAGAAAUCGAUUAAUAAAGAUAUUACAAUUAAUUAUCCUAACUAUUCAUUUUUGAAAAAUAUAAAAGGAUAUAUUGUAAGUAAAUAAGAUAGCUAAUAACUCCCCAAUUCAAACUAAAAAUCAAUCCUGGAAAUAAAAUAGCUUAUUGAUAAUAAUUUAAUGAAUAAAAUUUAUUCACAAAAAUAGAUGUAAAAAAGCAAAUGUGAGUAAAACUCAUUUAAAAUUAGCUUUAUUAAAUACUUCACUUCAUAGAUAGAUUUAAUAUAAAGAAUUCAAUAAUUGUUUUUAUUAUUAACUGUAAGAACGGAGACAUAAUAAAUUUUGAGCUUAACUUUCAACUUUGAUAUAAUAAAAUAAAAGUUGAUUAUUAUUUUUAAUAAUAUUGAUCAUUCUAAAAAUAAAUCCACUCAAAUAGCAAUCACUCUUAGCUAAAUAUUGAUAUGUCUCUAUAGAAAUUUUGAAUCAAAACACUCAAAUUACAUGGAUUAUAUUUGCAGUGUUAAAUAUUACUAUGAAAAAAGAAUUUCACAUAAAACUUUUUGUAUUUUUUACAUUUUUAGAUCUUAAUUAAAGCGAUUUUCUUCUUACAUUUACUUACAUUUAUAAAUGUCACUAGUGAAAUAACAAAAUAAUAGCUAUCAGCUUAUAAGUAUAGCAUUCGUCUAUAAAAUAAAGAUUACUGUGACGCAAGUCUAAUGUUAUAAAAUCUAAUUUAAAUUAGAGAUUAAUUAUGCAAAUUAGGCGUUCACAUAAAUAAUUAUUACGUAUUUAUAAAACUAUUGA